AUGAAAACCGCUGUCGUCUUGUCUGUCGUGGCCGUCGCCACGGCCACCCUGGGUAUGAUCGGGGCUGGCGUAGGGGCCGGCAUAGGGGCCGGCCUUAGCAUUGGGGCCGGCCUUAACGUAGGGGCCGGCCUUAACGCAGGGGCCAGCGGUAUCAUCGGGGCCGGCGUGCUUCUAGCGCUACAAAGCUCUGCCACCGUUUCUGUGUCUGUGGCCGUUGACGAAUCUGUUUCUGGCGUGGCGAACCUACCCGAAUGCGGCAACGCGAUUGGGGGUGUGAUUCAAUGUAACGCCGUGACCAAGCCACAAAUCGAUUGCCUGGCGGCCUUGCCCGGGGUCCAAAAGAUCGUUACUGUCGGUGCCGGUCUCAACAUCACCCCCUAG